CACAAAAACCUAAAAAUCCCCAAACCAGCCCGCUCAGCAACUCGCCGGCGCCCACCCCGUCCCUCCCCGCAGGCAGGGCGGCUUCCCCCCGCGGCGGAGGCCGCUCCUCCCCGCGGCGCGAGUCAGCUGACGGCAGCGGCCGUUUCCAUCAUGGCCGCCCGGCCGGGGCGGCUGCCGGCGGGGCCGGGGAGGCGGAGAGGCGCGGCGGAGGCCCGGAUUCUGCUUUUCCUCUGGUUCGCGGGGGCAGCCGCGCAGGGAGCAGCGAGCACGGAGCCGCCGCUUAAGUGCGACGAGCUGAGGCUGGGGCAAUAUAUGUGCGAUGAGCCGAAAAUAGACAAUAGUACACAAGAACCAAUGAAUUGUACAAAUCACACAGCAUAUGUUCAGUGUCUGCCAGCACCAAAUAUUACUUGUAAAGAUCACCUUGGUAUAGAAAAAGUCUUUACAGGACAUGAAGUUGGAUUUUACAAGCCCAUUGCAUGUCGCAAUGUAAACGGAUACUCCUACAAAGUGGCAGUGGCUCUGUCCUUAUUUCUUGGAUGGUUGGGAGCAGAUAGAUUUUAUCUAGGGUAUCCUGCAUUAGGUUUGUUAAAGUUCUGCACUGUAGGAUUUUGUGGAAUUGGUAGCCUAAUUGAUUUCAUACUUAUUUCAAUGCAGAUCGUUGGACCUUCCGAUGGCUCUAGUUACAUUAUAGAUUACUAUGGAGCAAGGCUUACACGGCUCACUAUUACCAAUGCAACGUUCAGGAAAAUGCAGACCUAUCCUUAACCCUGGCAAGUCUUCUUCAAAGUUCCUUGGAUUUACCGUGGGGAAAACAUGGCAAGAACAUGUAAGAGGAGAUCACUGCCGGCGAAGAACUGACUGAGUGUUCACCUUGAGCCUGACGAGACUGCCCACUGUAUGGAUUGUGUUGGCAGAAGCCUGGGGAAUGCAGAGGUGGGGGGUAAAUUUUAGGGCUUUCAUUCCAUGGUCCCAUUGAUUAUAACCCUAUUAAGAGGAUGAUGCAUGUGACUUUUAAGUUAUUUUGUUAACUAAGUGUAAGCAAUGGAUGUGUCAUGCUAACAAACAUAAUUGCUGGUGUGUCUAAUACAGUAUGUAAGUACAGUAUAGUGAAUUUAAAAGGUUGUGGUAAUCUAAGAAUGUUAAAAGGGAAACGUGUGCCUGGGGGGGUGUGGGGGUUGGGGAGAAAAACGACUUACUUGACAUUCACUGUCUUCCUCCCAGCUCCUUUGCUAAAGUAGGAACAGAAUCGGAACAAAAAAAUGUUUGUUUUACAGCUGUACCAAGUUACGGCGUGGACUCGUGCUCCCCCCCUCCUCUCCCACUUGCAUCAAGUACAUCCUGUACUUUUGGCAACAUGUUGACUGGAUAUUUAAAAGCUGUGAACUGUUCUGAAAGUUUCACAUACUGGGUUAUGGGCCAUGUGUGUUUGAUCAAAAUUCAAUUACUGCACUGUACCAUGCUUGGAAACCUAUCAUCCCAAGUUAUGAAGUAUGACGAAAUAGGCUAAUCUAAUUGGUUCAGUAUGGGAGCAGUAUCAACCAAGCUUGUUAUGAUAAAUAGCUUCCUGUGUUAAAGGUUCUCUAGAGCUUAAGUAUCUUGGCUCACCUCCCUCUACAAAAUAAGAAUAGUGUUCCCUGGGAACAGUUACAUCACUGUCCCUCUCCUACAUUCACAAUUAAAGGUUUGUGGAUUUUUUUUCAUCUUGCUAUUCCUUGAACAGAUAAACCACAGCCAUCUACCCUGUUCCCCACUUCCAUCUCCUUCCCCUUUCCUCAGGCUGGGUUGUGUUGUGCUCACCGUGAGUCUGCCUGUUCUGUGUCAGGGCUAGGGAAGGCAAGCUUAACCAGGAUGCCAAAACCCACCCUGGGCUGGAGGCUGGGGUUUGUGUGCUGGUGUGUCAGUACAUAUGACAUGUCUGUUUGUAUAAAGAUUUGGAAUUUUUGAUGUUAAGUUAAACAUGGAAGCACUUUAAUCUUUCUAAGCAUCUAAUAAAAGAACUUUUGUAUAGUGAAUGUCAUACCUAUGGAUGUGCUAUUAUCUUCUCAGAAGUGGAAUUUUAGUUCAUCAGUAUUAAAAUGCAAAUCCAGUGUGCAGGUGCUGGAUUAUGACUAGGGAAGGACUAUGUCCUAAGCCUGGAUUUGUAGUCACUAAAUUUGUCACUAAGACCGUGAGCUGUCUCCCAUGAGAUGAUACUGGCUUCAUGAUUUUAUCUGGUCCAUCUUUGGCAAGAAGUACUUAGCUCGGAUUUUGAUGUCACAGUAAUAGACAGUGUCAAGGGGGGAAAAAAAAAAAAAAACAAAACAAAACAACAAAAAAAAACAUGGAAAAGGGACUCCUUACGCUCUGGCGAUUCAAUCUUUUCCUUUCUUGAACCACACCCCCACAUGCCUCCUAACUCAGAAGACGCCUUCAGGCAAAAUAAUUGUUUGAUGAUCAUUUUACAAAGACAUAACGUAGGCCUGAUACUGCAAGGGCCUUUGGUGAAAUUUCUUCCAAGAAUAAAGUUAUUCACUUACUUAAGGGCUGGUAGAAUGAGUCCUUACGUAAGUAAGUCUUCAUAUUAGCCCCAAGACUGCCUAAUACCUGGAUUAAGUCUGUAUGGUGAUUAAUGCCUAUUUACUAUAUCUGUUAUCCCCUUGCAUUUUGCUCUUCAGCCUUGAUUAAGCCCUUUGCUUUACCAUUUAAAAUGUCCUGCUUAACCUUCUGCUUACAAAUGUACACAAUGCUGAGGUCUGCAUUUUUAACUAGAACAAGUUCUACCAUAAAUAAUAGCAUUUAAUUUUAAAGUGCAACAGCUACAGUCACCACUUGAUUAAAUGACAAAGAACAGCCAUAGCAAACUGGGGGACGUAGAGUUUUUUGCAACAAACGUCUACGUCCGCGUAAGAGAAAAAAAUAUACCUUCCUGCUGCUGAUUAGCACUUUCUGUGCAGUUCUUUAUUUUACAUGUUUAUAGAAAAAUAUUACCAAAAGAGCCUAAACAGUGACUCUCCAUGAUUUCCCCAAAUAUCUUUGAAGGAGAUAAACUAGAUUAAUCUCUCUUUAUAAAGUUCCCACAAGAAAGCUCACAGACACAGUAGCUUUACCUUCAAAAAUAGAAUGUGACUGUAGGCACUUAUGCUAAUCUCUUUUUUGGCAAAUCAGCUUUUUUGUAUUGAAUCUUGCUUGAUUGAAUAGCACUGGAGCUGCCAGAGUAAAUGCUAUUAUCAAUGUACAGUAAUUAAGGAAAUAGUCCUUGUCACUCCAACAGUGUCCAGGCAGUGCCUCUGUAAUAAAGUUAAAUGAUAAAGAAAUCUCUUCAAGGUGUAGAUACUGGAGCAGGGGAGCUCUUGACAUGCGGUAAAAUAAUGCAGUGUAGAAUUACAGGUGACAGGGAAAAGUAUAAAUGCCCGUGGAAUUCAUGCUAAAUGCGUGUUUGAUGCUCGAUGUCUAAAUAGACGCUCAGCACUAAAACACAUAAUCGUUUAAUUUGUCAUGUAAUUUCCUGACUCAGGGCAGUUGAGCAUCUCCCAGUCUCCACCCUUAAAAAAUGUGUGUGAGGGAGAGGAGCGGGGGGAGACCCUUCCAUCAUUCAGCAACUUCAAAGAUCUUUUCCCCCUUCAGGCAGCAGCCUGCACAAAUGAUAAACCUUGCUUUAAGAUCGGCAGAGUCGGGCUCUGCCAAAUCCAUUUGGGGAGAGAAUUUCAGUAAAAAGGACUUGUCAUUCCUUCCCCCGCCCUUCCGUUUCACUUGAAACUUUACAGCCUAGCAGUGCUUCAGUGGAUCGCAAUCGUUCCUGCAGCACCCGAAGAGAGAGAUUCCCCGAGGAGAGAGAGAGAGAGAAAAACCUUUGGACAUCUUCUGUGUUAUAACCUUAUCGCAUGCACCAAGAAAUGUGAACUGUAGUGAAGGAGGGUAAUUCUCAGAUACCAGAAAUGCCACUUAAUAAGCAGAGCACCCUGCUCUGUGCUGCCGGAGUUUUCUCAGUGCUUCUCAGCUGCAGCCCCACGUAGAGAUCAUUGCAGCGAACUGCUCUGGCCCAAGACAUGCUGAGGUCUGCAUUUGAUAGCAAAGAUCUUUUUGUCCAACGAAGGUACAUGCGGAAGAUAUGUUGUUUAAUGGGCAAUAAAUAACAAGGGAAGGUAUUUAA